AUGCCCGCCACCGUCUCUGCGGCGGGCGACUCUCGCCUGCUUAUCGUCUCAAAUCGUCUACCUAUCAGUAUUCGUCGUUCCGAAAGUGGUAAAUAUGAGUUUUCCAUGUCUUCAGGGGGACUUGUUACAGGACUGAGUGGUCUGUCGAAGACGACGACCUUCCAGUGGUAUGGCUGGCCAGGACUAGAGGUGCCAGAAAACGAGGUCUCUUCUGUAAAGCAAAGGCUAAAGGAUGAAUUCAAUGCAACUCCUGUAUUCAUGGAUGACAAGUUAGCAGAUUGUCAUUAUAAUGGCUUCUCCAACUCGAUUCUAUGGCCUCUACUACACUAUCAUCCUGGCGAAAUAGUGUUUGAUGUGGGCGCAUGGGAAGCCUAUCGCGAAGCCAACGGCUUGUUCGCUAAGACAAUUGCCAGUGAGGCUCGUGAUAGUGAUCUAAUCUGGGUGCAUGAUUAUCAUCUCCUGCUUCUCCCCGAGUUGCUCCGCGAGCAACUUCGCUUGUUGGGAAAAAAUAACGUCCGGAUUGGAUUCUUCCUCCAUACGCCUUUCCCUAGUAGUGAGAUCUAUAGGAUUCUUCCUGUUAGAUCCGAGCUCCUCCAUGGCAUGCUGCACUGUGAUUUGAUCGGGUUCCACACCUACGACUAUGCUCGCCACUUCUUGAGCAGCUGUACUCACAUAUUAGGUCUAGUUACAACCCCUAGCAGUGUUAAGGUCCAGGGCAGAUCUAUCAAUGUGGGGGCAUUUCCAAUCGGGAUUGAUCCCGAGAAGUUCAUCGAAGGACUAAAAAGUCCCAAGGUGCAAAACCGCAUUGCGAACAUCGAACAAAAGUUCCAGGGAACAAAGUUGAUGGUCAGUGUGGAUCGUCUCGACUAUAUCAAGGGCAUCCCACAGAAACUGCACGCCUUGGAAGUUUUUCUUUCCAAUCACCCGGAAUGGGUUGGCAGAGUGGUUCUAGUCCAAGUCGCAGUCCCGAGUCGCCAAGACGUUGAAGAAUACCAAAACCUAAGGGCUGUCGUGAAUGAACUGGUUGGCAGUAUCAAUGGCAAGUUCGGGACUGUGGAUUACAUGCCCAUCCACUUUGUACACAAAUCAGUCAGCUUCGACGAACUUAUAGCUCUGUACGCCGCAUCGGACGUCUGCAUUGUUUCUUCCACGCGGGAUGGAAUGAAUCUGGUGUCGUUCGAAUACAUUGCAACUCAGGAGAAGCGCAAAGGCGCACUGAUUUUAUCCGAGUUCGCCGGCGCUGCCCAAAGCCUCAAUGGGAGUCUCCUCGUCAAUCCGUGGAAUACCGAGGAGCUUGCAAGGACCUAUCUCGAGGCUGUGUCGAUGGAUGAUGUUCGUCGGGCUUCAAAUUAUACGAAGCUCAGCAAUUACAUUUCUAAGUACACGAGUGCCUUUUGGGGUAAAUCCUUCGUGACUGAACUAUCUCGAUGUUAG